CCGUUCUCAGAACUCAGUCUUGUCUCAGGAGAUCACAUCUGCAGGUGAGUUUGAACAUCUCAAGAGAUCUAAGAUCAGAUCAUUAGCAACUCAUGAUCUAAUUGUCAAUACAGGAAUAAUUUCAACUUUGUUUCUAUCAUCUUCGGCAAAAGUUUUAAAAGUGGGAAUUGUUGUCUGUGAUUUGUAAUCUCUGUGGAACUUCUGCUUCCAGAUCUGUAAGUGAAGGCUUUCACAUCUCAGGAUGCUUUCCUUCUUUUUCCUGGCUGCACUCUGCGCAACCUGCCUGGCUAAACCCGGGCUGGUGCACUACUCUUACUCUUCUGCUGUGGGAGGCGGCAGUGGCACUUCUUUCUCCUCCGGGGGAGAAGGAAGGAUUACAGCCAUCAGGGUUUGGGAGACAUCCGGCUCUUACAUCACAGGCCUUCAGCUACGCUACGAUUACAGCUGGACUCCAGUGCUUGGUCGGAAAGUUGGACAUUCAAAUGAGUUGGAUCUAUUUGAAGGAGAGGUCAUUAUUCAGAUCUCUGGUAAAUACCAAACAACCUACAUCUACCAGCUGAUUUUUGUGACAUCACAUGGACGCUCUCUGACCGUUGGCCAACCCACUCAGACGUCCUUUAACUUCUACCCAGUCCACCCAGAUGCUGAACUCAGAUUGCUGAGUGGCCGCUUCAAUGGAGCUGGAAUAACUUCACUGGGGGCUCACUGGGGUGUGGUCUACAUGGAAGAGAGCAACAAUAACAGCACAACUGAAUCUUGAAAAGCUAAAAGGGUAAAUGGUAAACUGAAAUACCUGGGAUAAUUACAAUAGUAGUUAAACAAUAGCUCAUUCAAAAUAAAUACUAUUAGCUAUUGUCUUGAUAAAUUCAGUUGUAAUUUUUUGGGGUUGUUUAAAGUCAAGAAUUAAAGGAAAAGGAAACAGGUGGAAAUGUGAAAAUAAAAGAUUAAAUUAAAUCAAAUUAAAUUUUAAUAAAAAAUGUAUCUGAUUAACACAUUUUAAAGAAAACCGAUGUGAUUCUUAUCAACAAAACAGUUUUGUAAUAAAACUGUAUUAAUAUGGACUUUCGGUGGUGGUUGUGUGGUGGUUGGCACCAUCGCCUCACAGCAAGAGGGUUCUUGGGUCUAGUCCCCGGGGGAACCAGGACCUUUCUGUGUGGGGUUAGCAUGUUCUCUCUGUGUGGGUGUACUUUCCACCGUUC